CUUUUAAGCGCAGCUGGAAUGCAGUUCUCCAUAUCAGUGUAGCCAGCUGUCUGCUAGUCCUAGAGAGCGGCUUGGAGCUCAAACCAGAGGGCCACGUUCUGCACCCCCUCACCACCUUCCUUUUCGCUGGAGUCAGAAGAACGUUCCCACCUGUCCAGCCAUGGGGGAGGACGCUGCACAAGCCGAAAAGUUCCAGCACCCAGGUUCUGACAUGCGGCACGAGAAGCCGGGCAGCCCCAGCCCGGUGCCCUCCUCCACACCGAGCCCCAGCCUGAACCCCGGGAGCACGGAGGAGGCCAUCCGGGACAACUCGCAGGUGAACGCCGUCACAGUGCUCACGCUCCUGGACAAGCUGGUGAACAUGCUGGACGCCGUGCAGGAGAACCAACACAAGAUGGAGCAGCGGCAGAUCAGCCUGGAGGGCUCCGUGAAGGGCAUCCAGAACGACCUCACCAAGCUCUCCAAGUACCAGGCCUCCACCAGCAACACGGUGAGCAAGCUGCUGGAGAAGUCCCGCAAGGUCAGCGCCCACACGCGCGCGGUCAAGGAGCGCAUGGAGAGGCAGUGCGCGCAGGUGAAGCGGCUGGAGAACAACCACGCCCAGCUCCUCAGACGCAACCAUUUCAAAGUGCUCAUCUUCCAGGAAGAAAAUGAGAUCCCUGCCAGUGUGUUUGUGAAAGAGCCGGUUUCCAGCCCAGCGGAAGGGAAGGAGGAGGAGCAUGCUGAUGAAAACAAGUCCCUGGAGGAAACUCUGCACACAGUGGACCUCUCAUCUGAGGAUGAAUUGCCCCACAACGAGGAGGCCCUGGAAGACAGUGCAGAGGAAAAGAUGGAAGAAAGCAGGGCAGAGAAAAUAAAAAGAUCCAGUCUCCGGAAAGUGGAUAGCCUCAAGAAAGCAUUUUCUCGCCAGAACAUCGAGAAAAAGAUGAACAAGCUGGGGACAAAGAUCGUAUCUGUAGAGAGGAGAGAGAAGAUUAAGAAAUCUCUCACUUCCAAUCACCAGAAAAUAUCCUCAGGGAAAAGCUCCCCCUUCAAGGUCUCUCCCCUCACUUUCGGUCGAAAGAAAGUCCAAGAGGGAGAAAGCCCUGCAGAAAAUGAGACCAAGUCAGAAGACCUGCCUAGCAGUGACAUGCCCAACGACCACGAGGAGAGCUCGUUUGCGGAGGGUCUUUCCGAAGCCUCCCUCACCAGUGCCCUGGUGGAAGGGAAGAGCACAGAGGGGGAUGCGGGGUGGGCAGCCUCGAGAGGGAGUGACUCGGCCAUGGACAGCAACAUCGACCUGACUAUCGUGGAAGAUGAAGAAGAGGAGUCGGUGGCCCUGGAACAGGCACAGCAGGUGCGCUAUGCUGAAGGCUACAUGCUAACCUCCCGGGAGGCAGAGCAGUCUGAUGAGGAUCCAGUGCAGCCAGCUGUGCUCCAGGUGGACCAGACCGCCUAAACGCACAGUGCUCUGGGCCCAGCCUGUGCUUUCAGUUAAGUGGGGAACCAGAGCCUAGAAACAAACGCCUGCACCUCUCCAGCACUCCCCACUCACACCACGUUACUGUCCAGGUAGUCAUCAUUUACUACACAGUAGGCACACACACGUGACCAAGAUUUACUAUGAAGGCAACCUGUCAGGGUCUACGCUUCUAAUUUACUCUUAGUUUCCAUUUCUGCAGUUCUCCCUAGACUGCCCAGAAGAAGAAACGGAGCAGUCGAAAAACACUGAUCAAUUUGGCUAAGUCAGAAACACCAGAGGCGUGUUUACGUAGAUACUAAUCGUGAAAUGGGGUUCAUUUUUUGUCAUUCCAUAAGCUUGCUGAAUAGUGUACCAGUAAUAUAUUGAAUUUCCAUAGAAUUCUGUGAAUCUGUAUUCUUCAAGUGUGUGAUACGUAAUAUACACAUGUAUUUAAGCUAAAGAGAUAACUACUUUAUAUUUCAAGAAGAAAACACUUUUCUUAAAAUGUAGAAGAGGAACUUCAGUUGGUUAUUUACUUUGUAGAAACCAUUGUUUAUUGAAAAUGAAGGAGAAACUGAAAGACUAUAUAACAUUUAGCUAAUGAAAUAAGAUAUGUAGAAAAGUUGGACUAUUAGAAAAAGAAAACUAAGGAGAAGUUGGAAAAUAAGAGAAACAGGAAACAGAGGAUGGCAAAGAGAAUGAAGACAGAGAGAAAAAAGCGUGUGCUCAAAAGUAAAAUAUUUACCAUGUUAGUUCAAGUAUUUCACUCCUUAUAUAACAAUACUAAAGAAAUUCAUAUAUCCUGGAAUAAUAUGUUAUAUCUUCACAAUAUUUUUAUUUUCUAAUAUUUUCAAAUAAUCUAAAAAACAUUUUACUGUGUUAAAGCUGCAUUUUUUUUCUUAAUAAAAGACAUUACAAGUACUUCUCUAUGGAAGUUCAAAAGGAUGUCUCUUUAACAUGGAAUGAACAUAAAUCUUCAAAAUUAAUUAAUACAUACUGUCUUUCAUAGGCAGUUGGAUCAUACUAUUCUUUCAUGUUUUCCAAAUUUGAAAUAAUCCUUACACUCCACACGAUGUUAUGUACGUUUAUAACGUGUUAGAAUCAACAGGUUUGGGAAGGGAAAGAGUCUAGUUUUCCUUUUUUGUACAUAAUGAUAAUUUCAUUGCAGGUCAUACUUUUAUUUAUAUGUUAAUUUCACAGAAUAUUAAUAUGUUUCUUAACUUCUUAAAGCACACUAGUGUUUAUGUGUAUGUGCACAUUUACUCACAGUAAUUUUUACUACUGCCUAACAUUAUACUAAGAUAUUGCUUUAUUUUUAAUUACAGAAUGGUAAUGUUUUGAGAAAACUAUUAUAGUUUAAAGACAGUUGUACCAGAGAGCAAAUUUCCCACCUUUAGUAUGUACCACUCACUAGAAGUAACAUUACAAAUACAGACAAUCCAAAACAGUAUUAACAAACUAUGCUUCGCCUUAUAAAAGAGAUAGGAUUAACAAAUGUAUUGAUGGCAUAACUGACACAGCUGUGUCCUGACUUUGCAAUAAUGUACCCCAAAUGUUAGAUUGUUGAACUAACAAUGGCUGUGUUAAAGAAGACUAAAUAAACCAAAAAAUAAAAAGUAAAUAACAAUGUCA